AGCCAGCCUCUUCAUGAAGUUGAUUGAUACAAUUUCGGGCCCAUCUGAGCUACUCGGUCCAAAUCUCCGAAUUGGGUAGGCCGGCGAUCAUCAAGCAAUGGCGAUCAGCGGCAAUUGGGGUUGACCGGGUCCAUUGAUCUCAUUCUCAAGAACUCAGCCAGCUUGCAUCGCGAGCAACGUCAACUGAGGUUCUCCCUUUUCAACAGUUUCCGAGUGGCAAUCGCUGAGUACUUCUUUACAGUACUCCACAACCAUGACAGACGUCUUCACACUACUCACCUUACCGGUGAGCUCGAAGAACGCAUUCGCAACCUACCGUGGCAGCGGUGCGGUGAAGGAUCGCUCGGAUUCUCCACCUCGUAAAACCCCUCGUCUAAAUACAGAUUCCGACUCUGCAUCAGCCUCUCGCUCCAGGCAGCCUAGUGCAGGUUCAACAGAGAACAGAGAGAACACCGGACCCCUUAGUCUGUCUCUUAUCGGUGCACCGAUCCAGCCGCAUCACGAACAUUACUAUGAUCAAGACUCCGCUCUCGUCAAGCGAAGUAUUCGAGUGCUUCUUAGCAGGAAUAACAAAGACACCCUUCCCGCGACCUACGAUAAGAUCUACAAUGCUUGUCGUGCGGUCAUAUGCGUCGCGAAGAAAGGCGAUGGUAUUUCUCAAAGUUUUAAGCUUGAGCUCGAGAGAUGCAUCGGUGAACUGGCUCAGGAGCUAGUUUCUGAGGGGAAAAGUGAAGUGGAGUACAUAUUGCCGAUUAUUGAGGUUUGUGCGUGGUUCGAGAAACAAGUAACAUUGUUGGAGUCAUUGCUCGCAUAUUUUGAUCGGAAGUAUCUUCUAGAUCGAAGUAGCAGCUCUGGCCUCCGUCAAAUCUGCUAUGAACAAUUUUCUCUUCGUGUCCUUGAAGAUGCCACCAUUCAGGGCUGGGUGCGUAAAAGCAUUGAGGAAUGGGUUACCUGGGAACGCCAAAACAAUUCCGAGCAUCCUCUCCGACCUCAUAUCCCACAACUCAUUUCUCGUCUCUCGCACCAUGGCAAAUACGAAACCAUCUUCGAGGACACGUACCUCACAUGUACCGAAAACUUCUAUCUGGCCGAGUCAGAAGAGAAAGCAAAGGAACUUGCACCGAUAGACUUCCUCAACUAUACGCUGCAGCGUAUCAAAGAUGAGAUACAGAGGUCUAAAGAUGUGUUGCCACACAGUAUUUGGCACAAGGUAGAGGACAUGGUGAUGAGGUCGUUGUUGAUGGGUCGGCUUGAAUGGAUAGUCAAUUCUGUGCUUCCGCAAUUUAUGAAGACAAUGGAUGUGGGACGUCUCCAAGCUCUGUACGAACUGUUCGUGAAUGUCGAUGGGCAGCAAGUCGUACUCGCCGGGUUCCGGUCGUACGUCCUGGAAACCGUGAAGAGAAUCGUGACAGAUGUCGAGCGUGACGAGGAAAUGGUCGAUAGGUUUCUUAAACUCAAAGCAUUCACAGACACAUUGCUCACUGAGACCUUUGCCGAAUCUGAACCCAUACCGCUCAUGGGACCGCUCUCUUCUAUCAACACCUCCGUCAACCGCGCCGGAAGCUCCAAUGAACCAAUGGACGUCGACGCCCUCCCACCACCCAAGAAAGUCAACCGAAAGUGGAAUGACACUAUUCGGGACGCCUUCAGCGCGAGCUUCAAAGCACGUAGAAACAAACCUGCUGAGAUGAUUGCCAAGUAUCUGGACAAGGAGAUGCGUAAGGGGCAGAAGGGAAAAGCGGACUCAGUGUUCGAGAAGGAGCUGGAUGCUGUGCUCGAGCUUUCAAGAUUCACGGAAGAUAGGGAUGUAUUUAGAACCUUCUAUCAUCGACAGCUUGCGAGGAGGUUGCUGUUGCAGAAGAGUGCAAGUGAUGAUUUCGAGAAGGCUAUGUUGAAGAAGUUGAAAGAACAGUAUGAUCCGGAGUUCAGUAUGGGCGACCAUAUGUUCAAUGACUUGUCGCUAUCCCGAGAUACCAUGCGCGAGUACCUCGCACAUAUCGGCAAGACCACCAACCAACAACUCAACGCCAUGGUCCUGCAAAGUAGUUUCUGGCCAUUCUCAGCCAAGAAGUCUGAGGCCUUCUUGCCACCAGAUAUGCAAAACGAGCUCUCUAAAUUUACUGCAUUUUACAAGAGCAAACACCAAGGUCAUAAGUUGGAUUGGGAACAUUCUUUAGGUACGGCCACUCUGAAAGGACAAUUCAAGAACGAAGCGAAGGAGCUUCAAGUCAGUUUAUAUCAAGCACUUGUAUUGCUCCUUUUCAACGAGGAAACGGAACUGACAUUUGCGGAUAUCAAAGAGCGGACUCGAAUCGAGGACGGAGAGCUGAGAAGGACUCUGCAGAGUCUCUCUUUAGGCAAGAAACGGGUAUUAAAGAAGCAACCCACUGGUAAAGACGUAAAAGAUGACGACUCGUUCAUCUUCAACGCCGACUUCACCGAUCCUGCAUAUCGUAUUCAUAUCAAUUCCAUUCAAGUCAAGGAAACGCCGGAAGAGUCUAAAAAGACGCAGUCGUUAAUCGAAACCGAUCGCAAGCAUGUCUUGGAUGCUGCCAUCGUACGAGUAAUGAAGGCCAAAAAGGAGCUUCACAACGAACAACUCAAGACAGGAAUUAUAGAUGCAGUGAAGAGUCAUUUUGUGCCCAGCGUGCAACUUAUCAAGGAGCGUAUUGACGCGAUGGUCGAGGAAGAGUACAUAAAGCGUCGUCAUGAUGACAACAAUGUCUUCAUCUACCUCGCCUGAAGCACGUUGAGAUGUGUACGUACGACGAAACGCCGUCGAUCCCGAAACACUGAUAUACCCGUCAGUCAAUCUUUCAGACCCCCUGAGGGCGUCGGUGGCUCUUUUCAUUUAGCUUCGAUUCUGUUCCGGAGACCUUCGGCGAGCCAGAACGACCACUUACAGAUUAGACGGGCUCUAACAGCAUGUUGCGAUUUUUACAACUUCUGAAAUUGUACGAUAGUUUUGCGUGUAUCUAGUGUGAUAUCACUGGCCAUUUUAUGUGUUUCUGGUGGUGUUCUACAGUGUUCUACCCGCGGCGCGAUUCCUAAUGCGGCACCGAACAGAGCUUGAGAGCGUUUGAGAGAGCGGACCCGAUGAGCGUUUCAGUUGAUGUG